AUGGCGUCAGGGAAGUUGUCGCUGGCCCCAAGUGCGGUGCCCUUUCUUGCAGUAGGUCUCCUUCUACUGGGACUCGUAUUUAAGUGUGAUUCUUCAGAAAUAGAUGGCUCUCGGAGACUAGACUGCCCAGCUGAGCAGGUGAGACAGAAUGGGAACCAAAGUUUUAGCAAAGUGUACCCGGUUCUCGACAAACACCAAGCAGCCGGACUCCUUCUCCUUGGAUUUGGCGGUCUGUCAGUCUUGUUGGCCCUCCUCUAUGUGGCCAUCAGGAAGCACGUUUUCCACGACGCCAACAACCUAGACACGACCUUUGACGCGGGAGGCAAGGUGUCCACCAGUCUAACGGCCGUCACCGUGGCGUCCCAGUUAUUGUGGCCUGGAGAUCUGCUUCAAUGUGCUACAGUGGCCAUAAAGAACGGGAUUGCAGGCAGCUUCUGGUACACAAGCUGUGCUGUUGUAAACAUGAUUCUCUUUCCGGUUCUGUCUGUACAGUUCAAGACACGAGCUCCUGGAGCCAAAACCUUUCUUCAGGUGAUUCACGCCCGGUUCGGCAACAGUGCUCACAUCGUGUUUUGCUUCUUUGCUCUGCUAAUGAACCUGAUGGUCACGGUCUGCUUGCUGACCGCAUCCACGGCCUUGCUCCAGGGACUGGUCAAGGACGCUAGCGGCGAGUACUGUGUGAUCAUCAUGGCCACUUUGUUUGGGAGCUACUCCUUUAUUGGCGGUCUGGGCUCCACGUUCUACGUCUCCUACUUCAACACCGCCAUCAUCUUUAUUUGCGUCCUCUGUUUCAUCGCCAACAUCUUCUACAGUGGUGACAACGCCGGCACUUUCAAUGCUAUAGAUUUCAUAUAUGAUAAAGUUCAUUGUCUCACUGGGCCCGAGAAGAACGAGGAGAGAAGCUACAUUACGUUCUGGUCUGAAGGCGCCAUUAUUUGGGCUGUGCAAGGCUUCUUCGCAACUGCUUCCAUCACUUUCUGCGACCAAGCUUCCUGGCAGAGUCGUAUCGCUGCCAAACCCGUCCAGGGAGUUCUGGGGUUCUUUGCGGCCACGUACAUCUGGUUUGCAAUCCCGUCAACAAUUGGGACCACGCUGGGCUUGGCUUACCUGGCGCAGACUUCUGACCCAAACACAACUUUUGCUCUGGACGCCAACGACAUAGAUCAUGGCAUGGUGACAGUAUUCAUGGCGCAGUCGCAGAUGGGACUGACCGGAAGUUACCUCGUUCUGACUAUGCUCAUCAUGGCUGUCAUGUCAUCGGGGUCAGGCGAGGUCAUGGCCAUUUCAUCCAUCAUUGUGUACGACAUCUAUCAGACGCACGUGAGGCCAUUCAGGCAUCGUCGCGGAGUGGGUCAUUGUGUCUUGUGUGGAGAGGUCAAACCUAGAGAAGUAGCAUCGGACAGCUCAGAAAAGUACAAGAGUGAUGGGGCAUCUGUCAAGUGCUGUCAGUGUCCGCUGGUAUCCGAGUGCUCGCACUGUACAGAGGAUCUGAGGCGGGUUAUUGACCGGAAGCUCCCUCUUUGUCCAAAUCCCUACAGGUGUCCGUACCAUGGAGACUACAGAUCUUACCUGGACUCGCUGGUCAACUUCAAGUCCUGGUGCAUCUUGUGGGUGACCCUUAGUUUGCUACCUGUCGGGAUGGUGACCCUUGCAUCGGGUGUUGACCUCAACUACGUUAUGGUGUGUGGGUUCAUUCUGACCACUCCCAGCUUCCCGCCAGCCUUGAUGACAAUCAUCUGGAGCAAAACGUCUGCCUCUGGUGUCAUUAUUG